CCUUCUUUUCCUGGCAAUUAUAAACCAAUCGCAUAAUCUUCAUCCACUAAAAUUUUAACAUACACCUCUUAUUUGCUAAGCUCUCUGUAAGUUCUCCUUCUCCUUCGGAACAUUUCUCAAAACUCACACGAAACAAAUUAUUUUUACAGAAAAAGAAGAAAAAAAAAACAAUAGCAACUUUUAAACCCAAUUUUCAACUCUUUGAUUUUUGGGGGAAACUUUCACGCCAUUGAAUUGGUUGUAGCUCACCAAGGAGAAACCCCAAAUCAUCGGUUUUCAAAAUGAUGGAACCGAUGAUUCAGAGCUUAUCGUAUUGUUUAUCAGAACAUCCAUCAAUAAUUGGAUUUAGAUGGAAUCAUAGUCAAAAUUGGGGUUCGACUUGGUCUUUUCUAUUCACAUCAAUUGCUGGUUAUAUAGCUUUAUCAGUUUUGAUUCGUUUGAUUUUAGCAGUUUUCCGAUGUCGUAAACCGAUUCCACUUGGCCCUAUUCCUGCUAUACAUUCAUUAGGCAUGGCUUUAAUCUCAAUUACAAUUUUUAUAGGUAUUUUGUUCUCAUCUGCAGCUGAGAUCCGUGAUACACGUUGGUUCUGGAGAAAAUCUAAAACCCCAUUUCAAUGGUUCUUAUGUUUUCCAUUAGGUACUAGACCUACUGGCAGAGUUUUCUUUUGGUCAUAUGUAUUUUAUCUAUCAAGAUUUCUUCAUCUUCUUAGAACAUUUUUCGCGAUCUUAAGGCAUCGUAAAUUGACGUUUUUCCGGUUGUUUAAUCAAUCUAUUCUGAUUUGUAUGUCCUUUCUAUGGUUAGAGUUUUCGCAAUCAUUUCAAGUUGUUGCGAUUUUGUGUACUAGUUUGAUUUAUUCGGUGGUGUAUGGAUAUAGAUUUUGGACUGAGAUUGGGUUACGAAGUGCUUGUUUUCCAUUUGUUGAGAACUGCCAAGUUGUGUUGUUGGGGUGUAAUUUAGUUUGUCAUGUGGCUGUACUUUUCUUGCAUUUUGUUAAAGGAGGGUGUAAUGGAAUUGGAGCUUGGGUUUUCAAUUCUGUUCUCAAUGCUGCGCUUUUGUUACUGUAUAUGAAUUUUUAUGUGAAAAUGCAUAUGCGUAAGCGAAGACUUGUGGUUCCAGUAGUAGUAAGUGAAGAUCAAGAAGAAGAGUCGAGUUCAGCCAGAGAGAUUGAAAAGAAAAUGUCUAUGGAAAAGAAGAAGAUGAUGAUCAAAGGAAAGGAUCUUUGAUAGGUCGGUCUGACAGUUCUUUUCUUCUGUUAGUUCUAUUUAUUUAUAAUGGGGGAUAAAAGUGCCGUUCUCUGUAUAAAAAUGCAACUUCUAUAUAUACAUAAUAAUAAUAAUAAAUAUAUUCGUCGUGGAUGAUGAUAAAUUUACACUUGAA